CAUCCAGCCUGUCUCUCCCUCCCACCAGUUGGUUCCUGCUUAGUGUUAUGUGGCGAUAAAAGCCCAGGCGAGUCGGGACAGACAGCCUAUUUAGCCCCUUUUCUCUCAAGAUUUUCAUCUUUUGCCUUUGCAUCGUGUUAUCCUGCACUUUUACUCGCUUACGACGACCAUGCUUCACCUGACUGCAGGGCGCGUGGGCAGCCUGUUGGCCAGGCGCGCGACAGUAGCCAUGACUACCAGCAGCGCGAGGAUGUCGAGCCACAGCCACGAGGUGGCAGGGACAGUGGACAUGUCUCAGCCGAUGUACGAUGAACGUCGGGACACCCCUCUGCCUGACAGACCGUACAAAGACGUCCUGACUGCUGCUGACAAGAGCCUGAAGGAGAAGGAGAAAGGACCCUGGAGCCAGCUGAGCAACGAGGAGAAGAUGGCCUUGUACCGCCUUGCCUUCCAUAAGACCUACCCAGAGAUGAAGCAGAAGACAGCAGAGUGGAAGACGGUCUGGGCGGGGGUCUUCUUCUUGCUGGGCGUCACUGGCCUGGUGGUCAUUUGGCAGGCACACUACGUCUACCCUGAGCGUCCCAGGACCUUUGACGACGAGUGGAAGGCCAAGCAGCUAAAGAGGAUGUUGGACAUGAGGGUGAACCCCAUCGAGGGCUUCUCAGCCAAGUGGGACUAUGAGAAGGGCCAGUGGAAGUAAAGAGGCAGCUGGGCUGUGACUGAGGUGGCACAGAGUCCGGACCUGUCCCCUCAGACCGUCUAGGAUCUGUUCCUCUGUGAAGCUGCUGUUGAAGGCAGUCUCAGUCUGAAUGAGCUUCUCUCUGUCAACAUCUGAGGUGAUUUGACUCUGUGCCUCCUCUGGCUCUCAGUCAGACCUCUAACCUCCAACCACUGCAGAUAACUGUCUGUCCUGUUGGAACCCUAUAAUAAUAUUAAAGUUUCCAUAAUAACUCUG